UGUCCCUUCUCUUGCUUCUCUCCACAAAAAGUACUCAACAUUCUACCUGUCUGUUGCCUUUUUCUCUCUCUAGAUUGCCUCCCUCCCAAUAGAUCCUAAUCGGAACCCUGAUUUGAUCCAUUCUCUGCCGUUGCGAUUUGUUUCAUAGAAGACCGAUUUUUGGUUUCUGUUGUUUGUAGGGGAUUUUUGAUUGAUAGCUUGUUCGCGGAUUGGCUUCUUUGAUUGUUCUUGGUUGAGGGGAUAGAGAAGAGUUUUUGAUUGUGUGUUUAAAAAGGUGCUAUCUUGAUGAUACUUGGAGGAUGAACGAUGCCGGUACUGCGUAGUAGAGUGCGCGGCGGCCUAGGGGCAGCAGCGAAGCAGCAGCAACCUAAUCAAGUGGAGGAAGGUGAAGCGAUUGCGACUAGAACGAGGAGGAGGCGCGCGGCUGCAGCGGCAGUGCCGAAAAACAAUACAAGCAACGAAAAUAACAAUAAGCAGCCACAGACGGUUGGUGAGAACGUAGUGGUUGCAGCACCCGAGGCCAAGGAGGAGGGGAAUAGGGGAGUGCAGGAAGGGGUGAGAGUGGUGGAGAAGGAAGAGGUUGGCGAAAAGAAGAUGAAUAGUGGAGGCAAGAGUAUUGAGAAGGGGAAUGCUGGUGAGGAUGAGGGAAGCACUGCGCCGCUCCCUGAGAAGGUUAGUGUUGGGAGUUCCCCAAUGUACAAAUUAGAUAGAAAGUUGGGCAAGGGUGGUUUUGGACAAGUGUAUGUUGGUCGGCGUGUUACUCCACCAAAUGCAAAUGAUAGAUCGACUGGCCCCGGAGCGCUGGAGGUGGCCUUAAAAUUUGAGCAUAGAACUAGCAAAGGAUGUAACUAUGGACCGCCUUACGAGUGGCAAGUUUACAACACUCUUGGCGGCAGUCACGGCGUACCAAGAGUACACUACAAGGGUCGGCAAGGCGACUAUUAUGUGAUGGUUAUGGAUAUGCUGGGUCCAAGCUUGUGGGAUGUUUGGAAUAACAACUCUAACACAAUGUCGACCGAAAUGGUUGCUUGUAUUGCUAUCGAGGCAGUAUCCAUAUUGGAGAAGAUGCACUCCAAAGGGUAUGUACAUGGAGAUGUGAAGCCUGAAAAUUUUUUGCUUGGUACUCCAGGAACUCCUGAUGAAAAAAAGUUGUUCCUUGUUGAUCUUGGAUUAGCGAGUAAAUGGCGGGAUACUUCAACUGGUCUGCAUGUUGAUUAUGACCAGAGGCCUGAUGUUUUCAGGGGAACUGUGCGUUAUGCUAGUGUGCAUGCCCACCUAGGUAGAACUGGCAGCAGGAGAGAUGAUCUAGAAUCUCUGGCUUAUACACUUAUUUUUCUUCUCCGAGGUCGUUUACCUUGGCAAGGUUAUCAGGGGGAGAACAAAGGGUUCCUCGUCUGCAAGAAGAAGAUGGCUACAUCCCCUGAGACUCUAUGUUCUUAUUGUCCGCUGCCUUUUAGACAAUUUGUUGAAUAUGUUGUCAACUUGAAGUUUGAUGAAUUACCUAAUUAUGCAAAAUACAUAUCCCUUUUUGAUGGGAUAAUUGGUCCAAAUCCAGAUGUCAGGCCUAUUAACACAGAAGGUGCACAAAAGCUUAUUUAUCCGGUUGGCCAUAAAAGAGGCCGGAUAACAACGGAGGAGGAAGAAGACGAACAACCAAAAAAGAAAGUUCGUAUGGGCAUGCCAGCAACCCAAUGGAUUAGUGUCUACAAUGCACGUCGACCUAUGAAGCAAAGGUACCACUACAACGUUGCUGAUGGAAGGCUUGCCCAGCACAUAGAGAAAGGAAAUGACGAUGGAUUACUUAUUAGCUGUGUAGCUUGUUGUCAAAAUCUGUGGGCCCUUAUUAUGGAUGCUGGAACUGGUUUCACUUCACAAGUGUAUGAACUCUCUCCCUAUUUUCUGCACAAGGAAUGGAUAAUGGAGCAGUGGGAAAAGAAUUAUUAUAUCAGUGCAAUAGCAGGAGCUACUAAUGGGAGCUCAUUAGUUGUAAUGUCCAAGGGUACACAGUACUUGCAGCAGUCAUAUAAAGUCAGUGAUUCAUUUCCUUACAAGUGGAUUAGCAAAAAGUGGAGGGAGGGCUUCUAUGUUACUUCAAUGGCCACGUCGGGCAGUCGAUGGGGAAUUGUUAUGUCUCGUGGUGCUGGAUUUUCAGACCAGGUUGUGGAACUUGAUUUCCUGUACCCUAGUGAAGGUGUUCAUCGGCGGUGGGACUUUGGAUAUCGUAUCACAGCAACCGCAGCAACAUGGGACCAGACGGCUCUUGUUCUUAGUGUGCCCAGAAGGAAACCUUCAGAUGAAACCCAGGAAACGCUUCGAACGUCUGCUUUUCCUAGCACACAUGUGAAGGAUAAGUGGGCGAAGAAUCUAUACAUGGCAUCUGUAUGUUAUGGACGAACGGUGUCAUGAGGCUGCCAUGUCACGGCACCCAUUAACCAUACCGGUCCAUCAGCUCUGUCAAACCAUGCAGGUUGAGAUACUGAAAACCAUGGAUUUGUAAAAUGGCUGCCGUUUAUCUAGGUUGAGAGAAAUUUUGAUUAGUACAGGCUUUUAAGAUAGUCAAAGUAUAUAAGUAUGCUGCGCCUAUCAAUUAGGUAUGUGCAUAAUCAAUUAUAGCCCAAAGAAUAAAUGGGCUUCUGUUAACAUUGUAUAGUAUGGAGGAGAGUACUUUGUUUUACCCCCUUCGUUUGGUAAUGAAUGGUAUUUUAUUUAAAUAUUUUAAUUUCUAAA